CCGGUGGGUUCUGAGACGGGGCAGCCAGCCUCCGCGCUGCGACGCGCCUUGGCCAGACCGCAGCAGUUCGCACAGGGCCAGCGGCAGCAGCAGCAGCCGCAGCUGAACCUGAACCUCGACUCCACCACGCUGAUCGCGCGCGGGAUGGCCGGCCACGCCGCCCUGCGGCGGCUCUGCCUGCCCCUCGUCCUCCUCUUGCACGCCCUCUUGGGGGACGCGUCUCUGCUGCUGAGACAGCGCAGGGCCAACGAGCAAGUGGAGGCUGUUGCUGCUGCCCCCAGAGACGAACAAGACGUGCGGGACUGCACCGUCAGCCCACCAUUCCUGCCCCCCACCGUUACCAUCACCCAGCAGCGCCUCCUGGGUCUGCGUCAGCUGAUGAGCAAUGUCUCCUACAACCUGGACGUCUACAUCAUCCCAGCCUCCGACUCUCACAUGAGUGAAUACAUCGCUCCCCGUGACGCACGCAUGGCGUGGAUUACUGGGUUCACUGGCUCCUCGGGGAUAGCCGUGGUGGCCAAGACAAAAGCCGGACUGUGGACCGACAGCCGGUACUGGAUUCAAGCCGAGAGGCAGAUGGACUGUAACUGGGAACUGCACAAAGGUGGAACCUCCGACGUCGUGAAGUGGAUCCUCGAGUUGACGACGAAGGGAGGCCGUGUGGGAGUGGACCCCUUCGUCCUCUCCAUCAACCAGUGGAACAGCUUCAACACUCCGCUGUCUGAAGCCGGCCGACUGCUCAUCCCUGUGGACACCAACCUGGUGGACGUGGUGUGGGGCGCCGAGCGGCCAGCAACAUCCAGCACCUUAAUCUACUACCUACCUGACAAGUUCACCGGCAGCACGUGGGUGCAGAAGGUGGAGAAGACGCGCUCACUAAUGCGGGAGCACUCGCUCAAGCCCACAGCUCUCAUCCUGUCCGCACUAGAUGAGUGUGCCUGGCUGUUCAACCUCCGUUGCAAUGACAUCCCCUACAAUCCGUUCUUCUUCGCUUACGCCUUCCUCACGCUCAACGAAACCAGGCUGUACCUGGACCUCCACAAGGUGGGCGACGAGCUGCAUGCGAUCUUCAACGACACGGAGUCUCCCGUGGGGCCGCUGACCCUGCGGGACUACGGCGCGGUGCGCUCGGACCUGCUCGCCUACGGCAAGGGCGACGUGCGCGUGUGGGCCGGGGAGGAGUUCACCACCUACGGCAUCUACCGCCUGCUGCCCAAGGAGAAGCUGGUGAUGGAGCAGUUCUCCCCCGUGCAGCUCACCAAGGCCGUCAAGAACCCGCAAGAGCGGGAGGCACUCAAGUCAUCGCAUAUACGCGAUGCUGUGGCGGUGAUCCAGUACAUGGUGUGGCUGGAGGAGAACGUGCCCAAGGGGACGGUGACGGAGCUGUCAGGCCAGCUGCACCUGGACCUCCUGCGCGGGAAUCAAGCGUUUUCCGAGGGUCCCAGUUUUGAGACCAUUUCGGCAAGUGGACUCAACGGCGCGCUGGCGCACUACAGUGCCAGCAAUGAGACGAACCGCAAACUGACCGCCAGCGAGAUGUACCUGUUCGACUCUGGAGGUCAAUACCGAGAUGGAACAACGGACAUCACUCGCACCCUGCACUGGGGAGUCCCGACGGACUUCAUGAAGGAAGCGUACACGCGAGUGCUGAUGGGGAGCAUCGACCUCAGCCAGGCCAUCUUUCCCGACAACACGCUCGGGGCCCGGUUGGACACGUGGGCGAGGCAUGCGCUGUGGGAGGUUGGACUCAACUAUGGCCACGGCACCGGCCAUGGCAUCGGCAACUUUCUCAGCGUGCAUGAGUGGCCUGUGGGAAUCGGGACAUCCUACGACAUUGGUCUGCGCGAAGGGAUGUUCACCUCCAUAGAACCUGGCUACUACCAGGACAACGAGUUUGGAAUUCGUCUGGAGAACAUUGCGAUGGUCGUAAAAGCAGAUACAGUGUACACGUUUGGAGGGAAGCCCUACCUGACCUUCGAGACCGUGACCCUUGUUCCGUACGAGAAGAAGCUGAUCAAGUUGUCACUGCUGUCCGAUAAGCAGGUGGAGUGGCUGAACCGGUACAACGAUGCCAUAUCUCGCGAGGUGGGCGCCGAGCUGAUGAAGCAGAACCUGAGGAAGGAGCACGAAUGGCUGCGCAGAGCGACCGAGCCGUUCGGCGGCGAGGGAGGCCGAGGAGCGGCUGCGGUGGGGGCGGUGGGGGCCUCGGCGCGCCUCGCUCUGCUCGCCGCACUCUGCACCGCGCUCCUCGUGCCUCGCGCCCUCCACUGAGCUGGGGGGGGGGGGGUGCGCAGGGGGGGGCGGGGAUCACGUCAUCUCUCUCUCAUUGCUUAACGGACGUGCAACCGGUGCUCGUCUUCGUAAAUAAAUUAAUCGAUAACUAGAUGAUUUAGCAAUUCUUUUUCUUUAUUUGCGUCGUCGUUCAUGCAGAUUGCAUCUCGCAAUCGUCGCUGAGUAGGCAUGAGUUGGAAGGCCGCAGCAGCAGGCAGUCGGUCGGUCAGCUGGCGCUGCCAACAAUUGUUCUGACAUUCUCUAUAUGAAGAUGUUUUCCGCGAAUUAGUAAGUGUGUAUUAUACAUGUGGGAGGAAAUCGGACCACCCAGAGAAUACCCACCCGUGCGAGGGGGCAACAUUCUAUCCCAUACAGAAGAGGGAGAUUAUAUGAGUCCACACUUUUUUCUGUCCUGCGUUCUGCUGGCGAGCCAAGGUGUUGCACAUCAAUGGCCACGGAAAGGGAGCCUCGCAAAAUUGAGCAAUUUGGCAGAUCCACCGACCCUCGCUGCCUCCCUCACUGUCUGGAUGACAAGCCACGUGCUUGGCCACCACCACGCGGCUGGUCCACAGUUUGGGUUGCAUGGCCACAGUCGCACUCCUCUGGCUUUUCGUUAAAUGAAAGAGAUGUGCGCACCGGCCUGUUGACGUUCUCAUGCGAUUAAUGGUUACACUGCCGGUGUCUUCGAGGUAGAAUACCAAUGCCAGGAGGUGGUGCAAUGGUUGCGUUUCGAUUGAGGUGUUUAUUCUGGAUGUCUGAGUUGUUCCACUGCAGACUACAACAUCAGUAAAUUGAGUCCACAACAAUCAUCAAGCUAAGAUAGACACUCAACUUGGUUUAGAUGUGGCCAAGAGACACCCAUACAUUUUUUAAAACAAAAUUCGCGGAUAUUUUUCUCCCCCAACAUAGGUGACACAGACGCUGAUUAUGCUGAUGACAAAUGCCUUUACAUAUGCACAAGCACAUUUUAUUAUUUCCCUCCACUGCCAUCUUUUGGCCACGUCGCAGCCCGGCAUGUUUGGGGAGUUUCACACAAACCUGUGUGAUCACAUCCAGAUAAUGAUUAGUGUCGUUAGCCAGGCAAAGAUGCAUCGAAUCGUUCAUCCAAAGUUAUGCCUAUGCUCACGAUACAUCCGUCCAAUUGUGAAUGUGAUAAUCAAUCACGCACAUUGUAUGAUAAUCGUGUGCUACGCUCGGGUGCCAUGUGGGCACGUGGAGUGAACAAAGUGCAACAAACCGAGACGAAGAAAGUAUGAAGCAGGGUAAAUGAGACGGCAAAACCGAGCCCUAACAAUAACGGAUUCUUGAAUUGAAUUACGAUCCUAAGUCGUGAAGGUGCUGUGGCGUUCCACGUGCAAACACAACUCACAAAGCAAUCGGUUUAAUGUUUCACGGCAGGAACCUGCUGAAAAAGAGUGGAGACUGAAUCUCAUCGGCCUUACACCAACGUAACCUUUUUACAAUCCCACAUAACACAGCAGGGCCGUCUGCCACUCUGUGGAAGGACCUGGCAGUUCUACGUGAACUCUGGACCUGAUGUCCUCCUGGAGUAACCAUGAGGCGGUGCGUGAGCAGUCCAACUGAUUGAAUUAUUCACCCCCUGUUUGUAAGCCGCGCAUAUCGUAAUCUCACCGUCAACUGUGAAAACAAUACUUUUUUCCACUGCACAUGCCUUUUUUCUGAUUGUCUAAAGACAAAAACAAUUUCACUUUGGAUUCUCACGAUGUGAUUAUUCUUGCAAUCAAUAAUUAUUGUCUUAAAGUAACAUUUUGGAAACCGUCCCUUCAUCAACCGAAGGAGAGACAUUACCAUCGUAUUCUCCUGAUAAGACAUUUCCCCCCACAUAUUUAAAGCUGAAGUUUGGCGUGCAUCUGAUAAUCCAUUAGGUGUGUGUGGCCAGAUUUGCCUCACGAUAUGUCCCUAUAUAUUGAUACUGGACAUAUUCUGAUUUAAAGCUUUCGUGACUGCAGGGAUUCAUAUUCUUGGUUCUUUCGGUAAAAUCACGUAGAAGGGAAAUAAAUUAAUAAAAAGAAAACAAUAAAAUGACAUUUUCACGACGUUUCGGCCACAACGCAAGCAGCCGUCCUCAGGUGAAGAAACAGAGCUGUCGGAAAGACAGCGUCUUAUUACUUUAUUAUUUCCCUUCUACGACUUAAGUCUGCGGAGAGUCAAACUCCACGACAGAUCUUUGAUACCUCCAGAGCUGAAGUUACUUCAGCUGAAGUUACUUCAGCUCUGGACACUUUUCUGUUAUUCAUUCUGUACUUGUAACAUCGUUAACUUUACUUUUGUUUGAUAUAUUAUGCUCUUUAAAUUACAUCUGAUAUGUUAUGAUAUAUUAUGUUACCUCAUUUAAUUAUUAAAAUAAUACAAGAACAUU